UGUAAUUGUGCAGAUUUAUUUGGUGUGUUUAAAAUUUUUGUGUUCACAUAAUGACCGGGAUUAUUUGGAACCCGCGUCUCUUGUGUCGUGUUUGAGUCUAAUCCUCUCCUCUCUGUGUGUUUGUGCAGCUGAACUGGAGUUUGUUCAGAUCGUCAUCAUCAUCGUGGUGAUGACAGUGAUGGUGGUGGUGAUCAUCUGCCUGCUCAACCACUACAAGCUCUCCACCUGGUCCUUUAUAACAAGGCAGAGCCAGGCCCGCAGGCACGACCAUGCCCUGCAGCAGGACGGGUGCCUGUGGCCUUCAGACAGUGGCUCUCGACAAGGUGCCUCGGAGGUAUUAUACGCUCCCCAGGCCAGGGAUCGCUUCACCGCUCCCUCCUUCAUGCAGCGCGACCGCUUCAGCCGCUUCCAGCCCACCUACCCCUACCUGCAGCACCAGAUCGACCUGCCGCCCACCAUCUCGCUGUCGGAUGGCGAGGAGCCCCCGCCGUACCAGGGGCCCUGCACCCUGCAGCUCCGCGACCCCGAGCAGCAGAUGGAGCUUAACCGCGAGUCGGUGAGGGCGCCGCCCAAUCGGACCAUCUACGACAGUGACUUGAUCGACAUGGGGGGAGGCGGGAGCCUGGGAGGGGUGGGGGGAGGAGGGGGAGGCAUGGGAGGAGGCGGUCCGAGGCCGCCAAGCAGUAACUCGGGCAUCAGCGCGGCCAACUCCAGCAGCCACGGGCGCAUGGAGGGACCCCCGCCGGCGUACAGCGAGGUGAUGGGCCACUACCCCGGCUCAGCGUUCUUUCUACACCAGCACAGCAAUAACCAGAGGGUGGGGGGGCCAGGGAGCAGGACGAUCCAGCAGCAGAGCCAAUCAGAAAGCACAAUUGUACCUGCCAAGGCCAAGGAUGGCCAACCGGAGGACCUGGUGUGAAGAAAAGAGCAGGUGGGGCCGCCCACCCCAGACUGAGAACUGUCUCUCCUCUUCACCCCUCUGUCCACUGAUCACCUGUAAGCAGCGGUCUCUCUAUCGCUCUCUCUCUCUGUCUCUCAUGUCCUCUCUCCACACUCCCAUGCACAAAUAAAUAUCAACCUUAGCUACAACAAAACAA